AAUCUCCCACCGGGCCCCACAAUUUCCUCUCCCCAAUAAAUAUCCAAUCCCCUGCAACAAAUCCCGACCGUCCGUAUCACCAAAACGUCAGAUGCGACCGACACGUGUCGAUCCACCGUCGUCGGAGCCACCCUCUCACGAUCCUUCAGACGAAAGCGGUUACUCUUUUUAAAUCCCGCCUUCUCAAAAUGAACCACGCCGGCCUCAAUUUCGUCGGCAUUUUCCCCAAAUAAAAACCCUAGAUUUUUCCCACCGAUUUUUUUCUUUUUCUUUUUUUUUAAAAAAAGAUGGUGUUUGAUCUCAAUUUGUCGUCUCCAGAGGACUUGAGCGUUGAUUCUGGGACUUCAAAUUCUUCCUCCUCGUUUUCUUUGCUGGAUCUCAGCUUAAUGGGCUGUGAUUCGAGGCAGCAGCAGGCGAUGAAGAGGAGCAGACGUGGGCCGAGAUCGAGGAGUUCGCAGUAUCGGGGAGUUACGUUCUAUCGGAGGACGGGGAGAUGGGAAUCCCACAUAUGGGACUGUGGGAAGCAGGUUUAUUUGGGGGGAUUUGACACUGCUCAUGCUGCAGCCAGGGCUUAUGAUCGAGCUGCGAUUAAGUUUCGUGGGGUUGAUGCUGAUAUCAACUUCAAUAUUAGUGAUUAUGAGGAUGAUCUUAAACAUAUGAAGAACCUAACCAAGGAAGAGUUUGUGCAUAUACUUCGUCGCCAAAGCAAUGGAUUUGCUCGUGGGAGCUCCAGGUACAGAGGGGUGACACUUCACAAAUGUGGUCGGUGGGAAGCUCGCAUGGGACAAUUCCUUGGUAAAAAGUAUAUAUAUCUUGGGUUAUUUGAUAGCGAAAUUGAAGCUGCAAGGGCUUAUGACAAGGCAGCAAUCAAAAAUAAUGGAAGUGAAGCUGUUACCAAUUUUGACCCAACUACUUAUGAUGGUGAAAUACUUCCUGAAACCGAUAAUAGUGGUAUUACCGUCAGCGGGCUCAAUCUUGAUUUGGAAUUGAAGAUUUCCCAACCAAACAGUCACAACCCUAAUAGGGAUGAUAACUCCUUGGGCGUUCAAUUCGAUCCUGGCCCUUAUGAAGCUUCAGAUUCUAGGAAUGCUCGGGUUACUUCCCAGCUUGUUGCUAAUCCUUCCUCCUUAGCAGCAGCACCAAUGCAGUCUCACGUUUGGAGUGCUUCAUACCCGGUUUUCUUUCCUAUUGAUGAGAUAAGAUGCAUGGUGCCUAUGAAUGAAUUACAGGAAGGAGCCCCGAGGAAGCAACCUGAAUGGGGAAUGCAAGCUCUCCCCACUUGGGGAUGGCAAAUGCAUCGGCAAACCCCAUUGCCGUUGCUCCCUUGUGCAGCAUCAUCAGGAUUCUCGACUAACUUGGUUACAGCCACAACUUAUUCACCUCAUCUCCAGCUUCCUCCACCGUCUCUAUCUAAUGCCGCACGUCGUCACCUCCAGUUUUCUCAUUCCCCUAGUUCUUCCGGCCAUUUCAAAAAGUAAGUAUGUGUUUUUCCGGUGAAAGUGGUCGGUGAUAGCUAUAUUUAACUGUUUUGAUUUGAUGUAUUGGAUUCUUAAUGCUUUUUUAGCUGGACCCUUUAUUUUCUUGGUUAUCAAACUCCUCUGUGAACCCUGAAUUCAGCAUGGAUUCACUUAUUUCAUAAUGUAUCUGUGUUUGCUGA